AUGAGAGAUUUUGAGAUGUACUGUGGGUUGACCCAUGACAUCAGCCUGGAUGAGUUUGAAGAUGACGACCUGUCGGAGAUUACGGAGAUCACGGACGAGUGCGGGAUGAGUCUCAACUGUAACGGGCCGGAUAUUAAGGGCCAUGUGAGGCGGGGAACCAAUAGCAUGUCAGGGAGGGCGGAGCUGGGCGCCGUCGGCCAGCUUCAGGCAGAGAUGCUGCAUUUGGACCUUAUAGACGGUGCUGACAGUUACCGCGGUGACAAAGAGUCCUUGAAGGCAUCCGCCAUCGCACCCCCGCCAGCCACCAAGGACCCUGCAGCACCUGUUACCAUGGAUACCUACCGGCCCAAGAGACCCACGACCCUUAACCUCUUCCCAAUUGUGCCGCGCACACAGGACACACUAAACAACAACUCCUUUGGGAAGAAAUACAGUUGGCAGGAGAAAGUUUCAGGUUCGUCCUCGCCUCUUAAAACAGGAGAGCUCACCCCUCCACGUGAGCACAGCUGCCUGAGCGACGAGGACAAGGUGCAGGGUGGGGGAGCACAGACCAAAGACCGCGGGACCUCCACCGACGCCCCCUGCAGACACGGCCACACCUCUGGACACUCGCACAGCUCGUCCACAGCAGCUGUGACGCGCUCCAAGCUUCAGGAGAAGCCACCGGCACCCCCUCCACCUCAGAACUACACACCAGCUCCUCUAUAUCCGGCGGGGAAGGCAGAUGGAGGUGGGCACCACCGGGAGAGGAUCCGCUACCACACGGACGUUCGUCUAGAGCCCACGGAGGAGAUCUACCUGACUCCUGUGCAGCGCUCCGCUGACGCCCUAGAACCCUCCAACGUGCAGGAGCGGCCUUUUCUCUCACAGCAGACUGAGCAGGGCCGCAUGUCCAUCAGCUCUGACACUGAGGGCCCGCCUCCUUACCAGCCCCUCCCAGAUCGGACAAACCCCUCCAUCUAUGAGGAGGACGAGGUCUACAUCCCCCCUCCAUCAUAUGCUUCCUGCGUAGAGUCCCUCAUCACACCGCCCAGCAUGGCCGUCUCCGCUCGAUCCUCCCUCGCACUGGACCUCAGCCUGAAGGGGGCAGGAACGGGGGCCGGGGUUAUGCUGCGAGCUGGGUCAUCGGUGGAGUACGUGGACGCCACGGAUGAAAGCUACUGUGGAGAGGAUGAGGAUGUGGACAGGAUAAUAAUGGAUGGAAGGAUGAGGAAGGGGGGAGGAAAGGGCGACGGCGGCGGCAUCAGAGCGGCCCCGCUAAGGACUUCCAUGAGCUCGGAGGCCAGCGGCCUUUCAUAUGACUCAGUCAAAUACACGCUGGUGGUGGAUGAGCACUCUCAGCUGGAACUGGUCAGUCUCCGGCAGUGUUACCAAGGCUACAGCGACGACAGCGACUCGGCCACGGUCUACGACAACUGCGUCUCCUCUCCCUAUGAGUCGGCCAUCGGGGAGGAGUAUGAGGAGGAAGAUGAGGAGGAUGAGGACGGAGCUCAGAUAGGAGGAGUGAGGAGAGAGGCCACGGCUUGUCUGUCCGAGGACUCCACUCCGGAGGCAGACCUGCACUUCUCCAAGAAGUUCCUCAACGUCUUCAUGAACGGACGCUCGCGCUCCUCCAGCGCAGAGUCCUUUGGCUUAUUCUCAUGUGUCAUUAACGGGGAAGAGAAGGACCAGAGCCACAGAGCCGUCUACAGGUUUGUCCCUCGACAUGACGAUGAGUUGGAGCUGGAGGUGGACGACCCGUUGCUGGUGGAGGUCCAGGCGGAGGAUUACUGGUACGAGGGCUACAACAUGCGAACUGGUGCCCGUGGGAUCUUCCCGGCUUACUACGCUAUAGAAGUGACCAAAGACACCGAGAGCUACAAAGUGAAGAGCAGCGAAUGGAUGGACAGAUACCGGCUAAAGUUCCUGGGCUCGGUCCAAGUGCCCUACCACAAAGGAAACGACGUUCUGUGCGCCGCUAUGCAGAAGAUUGCCACCAACAGAAGGAUGACAGUCAAGUACAACCCGCCUUCCUCCUGCAUCCUGGAGAUCAGUGUGAAAGGCAUCAAGCUUGCAGUUCAAGAGGAUUAUUAUGCUUGUGACAGAAGUAAUGAGUGCAGUCACUUCUUCCAGUUAAAGAACGUCUCCUUCUGCGGCUAUCACCCCAAAAACAGCAAGUAUUUCGGCUUCAUUACAAAACACCCAGCGGACCAGAGAUUUGCCUGCCACGUGUUUGUGUCUGAAAACUCCACUAAACCUCUCGCAGAGUCAGUGGGGAAAGCCUUCCAGUUGUACUAUAAAGAGUUUGUGGAGUUCUCGUGCCCUACAGAGGACAUCUACCUGGAAUAGCACUGCCCUGCCUUCAGCCACAGCACUGUACAGUACACUGUAUCAUAACAUAACGUUGCAUGAAGGACAGACAUAUCUAAAAAUUUAAGUAAAUAAAUAAAAACAUAACACAUCUGACAACCGAGCGGGAAAAGAAGGAUGGAGUAUCGGAACGUGUGGUGAAACCUUUGUGCAACGAGAAGAGGAGGAUACGUGCCAAAGGCCAUGUGUACUGAGAAAAGAAAAUAUGCAAAAUGGAGUCGGUGAUGAGUAAGUGAUCACGGGCUGUCCAUGGAAAGCACAAAUCACCACGGCCUUGGCAGCGCUAGUUAGCCUGUAGCAUCGUCUCAGCAGGUGCCAGCACUGAGUACUUGACAAAAGUAAAACAGCGGCUGAGACGUGGACAAAUGAACAUGUGAUGAAUUUGCUUGGACUUCAAACAUUCACAGUCUGAACAUGAUGGACGUGUGUAUUUACUAAAUGACAUCCUCACACUGAAAAUGUACUCUAAGUGAAACAAAAGUUCAUGUAGGAACGGUGAAUUGUAUCCUUUUAGCACGCCUAAUAUAAAGGGGAUUCACAUGGUUCGAAGCCCACCCUGUAGCACUGUUAGAAAACCGGCUGUGGGUUGAUGUUCUUUGCAUUUUUGGGUCCUUUCAGAUCUUUGUGCCUGACCUUGUUGUCAAAUCCUCACAUUGUUUCAUCAGCUGGUUGACAGCAGAAAAUGUCAUAGUCACCUGGAAGAGCAGGUCUGCGGUAUGAGCUGUGCAGAGGCACAAGCGCAGCAAAGGUUCACGUCUCUAUCUCCAGUGUCAGGAAGAAAAACAAAAACUAGCCUAGCAAAGACCAUGUAUUUCAGUUUAACACAAAGGUUGGUAAGGGCUUAAUUAGAGCUGAAACAAUUAGUCAAAUAAUUGACUAGGUGAUCAACAGAAGCUGAGAGAUGUUCUGCCGUGGACAGGCUCAGCAGAAAAAAUGUGUCACAGCCACCGAAAAAAGCCAAUGACAGUUGACAUGUGCACUUUAUUUUGAAUAUUUUUGCCAGUUUACUCAACCAUUGGAUUACCGUAUUACUGCGGACACUAUUACAGCACAGAUCAGGUGUCUGAGUCAGGAACAGCUGAGUGUUAGUGCACUUGUGUGUAGGGAUACGUGAGGUCAAUGGUUGAGAAAAUAUAGUGCAAGAGGAAAGACUCUUCUUCUCUUCUCCAAAUGGAGCGCACCGCCUCACAACCCCACGUCAAAUAACCCGAACUACCACUUUAAGUGCAGUGGCAGGGUGUGACGUCGUCAGCGCCACAGUUUUCAAGCCAGUGCAUCUGUUGUUUUCCUGUGGGAUAGAGGGAAUUCUGGGAAGUGUAGGUAAUCGGUAAUUCACAUAGGACUGAGACAUUCCAACAGUGAAUCACAAAGAACUCCUGAAAUGCA